CAAAAAGACUCCCUAUCUGAUCAAAAACCCGACUUCUGAAGAUUUAAAAAUAACAUGUUAAAAAAUAAACAAACAACAAAUGCGCUUUUAAAUUUUCUUUGAGGGAUUUUGAGCGUGUUAAAUUGACUCAUGUUAAAUUUUUCAUAUAGUUAGAUUUGUGAUAAAGUCCCAACCAAGUCCCAUAAGUUGAAACAUAAGUUUAACAGAUCGUAGCCAAACGUGAAACUUGCAAGUACAAUACAAAAUAAAUCAAAAUGAACAAUGAAUCUUGUUGCUUAUGCCGUAGAAAAGGCAGUCGAAUUGUAGAUGAAAACAUAGCACAUUUAUUGCUCAAGCUCGGAUUUAAUAACGAUCCAUCAUUAAUUUGCGUUUGGUGUGAAAAAGUACUAAAGAAAAUUGGAAAAUUUCUUCAAUACAUUAAAUUAUCUCAAGAAACAAUAGUUGAUGAUUAUAAUCCAUACAUAUUUACAAUACAAAAAUUGGAUAGUAUAACCAUUAUGCCGACAUUCAACGAAGUCUAUAUAGAUGAAACUGUGCCUGAGUACCAUGAGAAUAGCUGUACCGAAAAUGAUGAAAUGAUAAAUUGUGACUGGGAUAAUGUUGGGGAAAAAAAUUCAAGUACAAACACAGAUUUUGAAGUUAUCUAUUUAUCUCAAGAAGAACAAUUGGAAGAUAUCGAAAAUAAAAAGAAAGCUGACAAAUAUAUGAAUAAGAAAUAUAAAUGUGAACUGUGUGGUGUCGGUUUUCUUACUGAUGACGUUUUGCAAGAACAUAAUUUUAGACAUAGCUACGAAGCAGGCGACCACAUAUGUGCAAUAUGCAAGCUGCAUUUUAAAACUAAUUUAGUAUUGGCACAACAUAAGUUAGCUCAUAGACGAAGAUUCAAAUGUGUGUUAUGUAAAAAAAGAUUCAAAAGAUGGUCCCACGCUCUGGAGCAUGGGACGAAGUGUGGGGUGUGGGACAAUGUGGCUUGUGAUGUAUGUGAAAAAGUUUUUAGAGAUAACAAUUCUUUGAACAUCCACAAGAAAAUUCACACAAAGGAAAGAAAUUUUAUUUGCGACGAGUGUAACAAGGGCUUUAGAACGAGACAACAUCUUAUCAUACAUUUACGUUCCCACACCGGCGUGAAACCGUUCGGCUGCACUGAAUGUGAUAAAACUUUCUCCACGCACUCAAAUUUGAAAGCUCAUUCUAUAGUGCAUGAGAAAGAGAAAUUGUUCUUUUGUGUAGAAUGUAAUAAGAGAUAUAAGAGUGAAAAGAGUUUGCGAAGACACUUUGUGAGUUCUCUUAAACAUGUGCAAGAAAGAGAGUUUUCCUGUACGCAAUGUGACAGAAAGUUUAUUUCGCAAAUAUCACUGUCUUCGCAUAUAAGAAAUGUCCAUUUGAUGACUUACAAAUGUAAUAUUUGUGAAAAGAUAUUUUCAAAUAACUCAAACUUGAAGAAGCAUGUACGCUGUGUGCAUAGUAAAAGUUGAAAUAUAUAUUUUUAUACAAAAA